AUGGCCGCACCUGGGGCCACGUCUCGACCAUUUUUGGUCUUGAGCGACAGUACCUUGCAGUUCUUACUGCACGGGAAAUCUUAUGGCAUCUACCCCAUAUUUGAUGGCUAUGUUCUCAGCUGCCCGGGGGCGGCGAUGGCAUUGAGCUCCUCAACGGCGCCGUCGAUUUUGGAACUGCUGCACUGGCAGUUCGGGCAGACGAUGGGAAGCCACAGUUUCAAGGCUCCAGUGCAGAACGAAGCCUUGGCAGAAAUGCUGAGGAUCCAUACCGACUCCGCCCGGUUCAUACCCAUCGAACAGAGCCUUCUGCCGCAGCGGCAAGCUCCUUAUGACUUCUUGGCCGAGGGCAGGGUGCAGUACGGCUUCUCCGCUCAAAACCUGUACGGCCAUGAAAUCAUGCUGCUCGAGAACCUGCCGAACAUCGACAAGCUGUACUCCAUGAGGGAUCUGCAUUUCAGGCCCCAAGUGGCUGAGGUGGCCAUUGGGGCCCUUGUAGCCCGGGCCAUUGACGUGAUGAGGACCGAACGCCCCGAUGAUCUUCCAAUUUUGGCGGUGGCCAACUGGAACGCUCGCCUUGCUGAUCUUUGCACGGAAAUGACGGCUAGUCGAGCCGUGGCGCAGUGCCGCCACAUGCGAGAGCUGGCCGAGACGGCAGCCCACUUCUCUCAGGCCCCUUGGAGCAUGCGGCACUUCUACAUCUCCGGCCUGGCUCGUGCCCCCAUCCCCAACCGCAUCUUCCAGACUUACAUCCACGACAACACGGCGGAACCCAGGGAGAUGUGUGCCAAGCAGUUUGCGAAUAUGCAACGCCAGUUCUGUGACGAUGCUUUUCUCCGCCAAACAGUGCAGUCUUGGGCAGGAACCUACGGGCUCCAGCUCCUGGAUCGGUUGAAGUCCCCCGCUCACCGUGCAGAUGUCUUUAGGUAUAUUUACCAUUAUAAAUAUGGCGGCAUGUACCUGGACAUCAAGUUCGCCUUCGUCCGGCCUUGGGCGGAGGUUUUGACACUUCUUGCGGCAGAGUGGGGCACAGCCCAAAUUAGCGCAGCCAGAGCGCUGGGGUAUAACCCGUCGGAGGCAGGUACUCUUCCACAGGAGUACCUGGUGAUGGCCAUUGGUGUCAAGCAAGACCACAUCUUUCAGGGCAUCAUCUACGGCAAGUCGGGCCACCCUCUCAUGAAGAUGGCUAUCCAACAUGCUUUCGGCGGUCGCGUCAGAACCGCUAUUGCAAAUUUGGAAUAUAUGAUCUUCUGCAAGUACCUCUGGGCUACGCUCGAAGCCGACAUGGGAAAGCAGCCCAAGGUUGGGUGGAACCUUUCCACCACGUACGGGCCAGUCUACUUGUUUCAAGAGAAGCACGACGUGUGGCACAAGAAGAACGGUAGUCCCCCGAAUGAGGGGCACCACUUCGUCACGGCUAGGGAUGUGCUGGUGGCAUACACGCGCUGCUGGGGCUGGCGCAAGGGCUUCCCUGACGAUCCGGACACGAAGUCUCGCACCAACUCGCAAACACUGGCACACAUGCCUGCUGCGGUUGCAGAGGCUACUGCAUUGAAAUCGUCAGGGCACAGCCCAGAUGCAGUAGGGGCACAGCCCGGGGACCGCACUGGAGUCCCUUCGAGAAAUCAAAUUGCCGAGCACGUGGAGCAGAGUCUUCACGACAACUCCUUCGCCACGAUCAUGGAAAUUGUGCCGGCAUCGUCUUAUUAUAGAGGAGAUCUUUCGGAGCAGGACGUCCUGGAACUGAUUCCCCGAGGCCUGGCAAUGUCAAACGAUCCGAGCAAACCGGAUCACCUGGGCUGCCGUUUUUGUGAGAGAAAGGGCUUUUUUGUCACCUUUCGCACGGGGGGCGGCAUCAAGCCGCAAUUUCGACAAAAUCGCCACAAUGCCAGCAAUGUUCCGGUGGAGCCGGAGAACCCACCGAGCAGCUCUUAUGCGAUUCAGGGAUCGCUGCCCCAGCACCCCCAGCUGCCCCGGCUAAGGCUACCCCAGUUCGAACCCCCGGUUGAAGGUACAGCCAUGGUUCCAUACGUGGCCCAAGAUCCCCCCCCAACGGUGAAGCCAAUGUCUCAGCUGACCAGGGAGGACGUUCUGCACGAGCUUGAAUCGCCGGCUUUGCAGAGGUGGAUAUUGUCGAUCGCAAACUUUCAGGUGCUUGGUUCCCCCACGGUGAUCGGGGGCCUUACACCGCAGGAACAGCGACCUUUGUGGCAGUCCCGCAUUGAAGCACUCGCACAUGUUCCUCGCCUCUUCCCCAUCGACGAGGUUCGCACAGAAAAAGGCCUUACAUGGGAUCUGGCAAUGACGGUGCGGCCAGUGCUGACAGCGGAGGGGAAGAUCACGGUGGCGACAGGGCACGGUCGGGACUACUACGAGAUGGCCACCCCGACCAAAGUUCACGGCCUCAUCAGUGCUUUGUUUCAGCGCAUGUGGACACAUCAUGCCGAGUUAAAGAGACAAUGGCCGGAAUUGGGCAUACGCAUUGUCCACGAUGCAGCCACCCCGUAUCGCCCCGGAGCUUAUGAUUUCGAUCGUCAAAAGAGGGCGUACCAGAAUUGGUGGUACCACGCUCGAGCCAAACGCCACAAAGACGAGCCCUCCUCUUCAUCCAGGGACAGGCGCCAAGACACUGGCCAUGACUACGGCCACAACGACGAUGAAUGGCCUUCCUCGGAACGGGACGGCUCAUGGAACUGGGAAGCACACCCCCAGCCUUGGCCCUGGGGCGAAGAAGAAGAGGAGUACGCCGAGGAGGACUACUAUGAUUCUUGGCGUGGCCAGGGCUCGGACAACUGGCGUUGA